AUGGGCUUCUCUCCAGAGCAGCACAAUGACCGAAAGGGCGUCAAGAUCCUUCCGGGAGAGGUCUUUUGCCGGAUUGAGUUUGAAAGAUGGGAUCCUCUGCCCAACCGCCAAGAGUUUCUCCUCCACAUCUGGACUGAUCCGCCAUGUACGCGGUCAGCACGAGCUGGAUAUCCAGACUUGGAUGGCAAGUGGGAGGGUUGUGAUGCUGAGGAGAGGAGCAAGGGUGGGAGGCCGACUAGGCAGGCUAUUGCCAAGGCUUUGGUCGUGUAUAAACAGUGGAAUAAGUUGAUUUCUGCGGAAGAUGAGGCGGCAGAGGAGGCUGGGAAGCAGACAGUCAACCAACGGUUUGCAGAAGAACGUGCCGAUAAGGCUCAGAGAUUCAGUGAGAAACAAUCACGAAGCAAGACAAUGCAGGCCGGCCUGGAUCACGAAGCAACCAAGAGCGCCGAAGACAUUCGAUUAAACGCAAAGUAUUACUUUUAA